GAGUAUAUCUUUUUUUUUUUUAAGAAUAAAAAUGGGUAGAGUGCGGGCGACAUCAGACAACUACUUGUGAAAGUUCAUCAAGUAACUCUACAUCUGCAUCUGCAUCUGCAUCUGCAUCCGCAUCUGCAUGUGGUUCUUUUCUUCAUCAACUCACCCCAUUCAAAACCUUUCCAUUUUGAAUAAACCUUUCCGCCAGAAUAGAACUGUCAAGUUGUUGAGUAGGUAAUUAACAACCAUGGAGCUUGUGUCGGUUUUGUUUCUUUUUAAUUUUUGAUAGGAGUGCUAGAUUUUGCCUUUUGGGAGUUGGGAGGGAUCUAAGAAAAGAAACUGGGCACCCGCUUACUGGGCUUUAAUUUUCUUUUUCUUUUUUUUUCCACAAGAGUGAAAUUACACAGGAGCCCUCAAGGCUUUCUUAGUUUUUUUUUUCCCCUAGAAAAUUCCUCCUACAAAGCAAUGCCCCCGCUGGCUAGUUAGUUUUCUCGUCUUCCCUCCGCCGACUGGAACCAUCCCAACAGCCCAAGCGGAGAGAGAAGAAAAAAGAAACUCUCCAGUCCUGUCCUGAGUCCGGAAAAUUAAAAAGAAGAAAUACUAGUAGCCACUAGCCGUAGCCGCAGUAGUUAGGUGUAGCAAAAUGGAUCAGGCGGAUCAGGUGGCGAAGGCAUUCGUGGACCACUACUAUUCAACCUUCGACACCAAUCGGAGCGGGUUGGGUAACCUGUAUCAAGACCAGUCCAUGUUGACAUUCGAAGGCGAGAAGUUUCAGGGCUCCUCCAACAUCCUUGCCAAAUUGACUGGUUUGCCCUUCCAGCAGUGCCAGCACGGCAUCACCACCGUCGAUUGCCAGCCCUCUGGUCCUGCCGGUGGCAUGCUUGUCUUUGUCUCCGGUCUUCUCGUGGUCGACGGCGGGGAGCACCCCCUCAAGUUCAGCCAGAUGUUCCAUUUGAUGCCCACUCCUCAGGGUAGCUUUUAUGUGCUGAAUGACAUUUUCCGGUUGAAUUACGCGUGAUGCGGUACAUGUCCAUUUGUUAAAUCACUGGGGUCGAAUGCUGCCCAAGUGCCAUAAACCAAAUUAGUUUCAGCUUUGAAUUCUAGCUUUCCAGUGUCCAAACUUGGCAUUUUCGGGAUGUUCAGUAAUUGUUUGUCUUCGUCUGUGCUUUAUGGUGACUGGCGGAUGGUUGAGUUGUCAUUAGACCUAUUUUAAUGCUGCGUUAAUUUUGCCAAGAAUUUUCAAAUGAAUGGGAUAGUGAUAUUUGAACUAAUUGGUUGAGAA